AUGACAAAAACAUUCGAUGUCUUUCGUGCUCAGCUAAUAUCAGCUGAUGAAUUAAAUCAAAUUAAAGAAAAUAUUGGUGGUUUAUUUUCUAUCAAUACAUUUUUUUCAACAACGACCGACUGUGAAAUAGCGGCACAAUUUAAUGCAACUGGUUUUAGUAGUUCGUUCUUCGCAUCAGUUCUAUUUGAAAUUAACGUCAAUCUUGAAAGUAUAACAAAACCAUUGGCGGAUAUUCAACAUUAUAGCUAUAAUAAACAAGAACAAGAGAUUUUAUUUGCCAUUGGUACAAUAUUUCGAAUAGAUUUUGUGGAACAAUUGACAGAUGCUAUUUGGUAUAUCGGAUUGAGUGUGAGUCAACACGAAAAUCAAGAUUUGGACGAAUUGACAGAAUCGCUAAAAACUGAAAUUGGAGAAAAACCAACACUACUCAAAUUGGGCGAGUUUCUUGAAAAAAUGGGCGAAUUUCAGAAAGCAAAAAAUUUUUACCAUCUUUUACUCAAUACACUAACGGAAGAAGAAUAUACGAAUAGAGCGAAAGUUUAUAAUAGCCUUGGUGUAGUUCAUUAUGACCAUGGCGAUUAUGAAGAUGCAUUGGUUGCAUUCACGAAAGCGCUUGAACUUCACGUGAAAGGUGGCGAUACAGACGAUACUCUUUUUCUUAUUUUCAAUCACAUGGGUUUGGUACAUAGUGAGAUGGGCAAUUACGAUAUGGCGUUAGAAUAUUAUAAAACAUCGAUCAACACCCGUUUAAUCAAUUAUAAGUCUGAUGAUCCUGCUAUAGCUAUUGGCUACAAUAAUAUUGGAACAGCGCACUGUGAUAAAGGUGAUUUUAAAUUAGCAUUGAAAUAUCAUGAGAAAGCGUUAAAAAUUCAACUGAGAGUUUUGGCCGACUUUGAUCCCGACCUUGGCAUAACCUAUUCGAAUAUGGGACUAGCUCAUAGUGAAAAUGGAAAUUAUCGUUUGGCACGAGAGAACUAUCAAAAAGCAUUGUCGAUCGAAUCUAAAUGUUACCCGAUUUAUCAUCCACAACUAAGAUCGACGUACAAUAAUCUGGGAGUUGUAUGUGAGAAAACCGGUGAUUACGAUGGUGCCAUUAAAUAUCAUAUGCAAGCGCUCGAAGUAAGUCUUGCCAGUAUUUCACUUGAUCACACAAUAUUGGCUACAACAUACAAUAAUUUAGCUGUGGCUCACAGCUGGAAAGGGGAACAUGGCGAAGCAUUAAAAAGUUACGAAAAAGCGUUAGAAUGUCUACUUAAAGUGCUGUCGACGGAACAUGCGGAUGUUGCCUCAACAUACAAUAACAUUGGCAUGGUCUACUAUGAAAAAGAAGACUAUGUCAAAGCGUGGGAAAACUUUCAGAAAACACUUACCAUUGAACUGGCAGUAUUACCACAUGAUCAUCCAUCAUUAGGAACAACAUACAAUAAUAUUGGAAUGGUAUACGAAAAACGAAAUCAAUUGAAAGAAGCUCUUUCGUACUAUAAAAAAUCGUUAAAUAUCAGGCAAAAACGACUUUCGAUAAAUCAUCCAGAAUUAGCAACGAUUUACGAUAAUAUUGGCUCAAUUUAUAAUAAAUUUAGAAUGUAUAAAACAUCAAUCAAUUAUCAUAUGCGGGCAUUAAAUAUUCAAAGAAAAUCGUUACCACCAAAUCAUCCGUCGAUAGCUGUAACGCUUAGUAAUCUAGGAUAUGUAUAUGCUAAUAUCGGAAACUUAAAAACAGCAUUAAAACAUCAAGCAACAGCAAUUGAUAUUGCUAAAAAAACUUUACCAUCUAAUCAUAGAUCAAUUAUCUUAUAUCAAAGUCGAAUUGACGAAGUGAAAAAUGAGCUAAAUCAACUAGUGAUUUCAAUAAGAAAGUGA